CGAGGACGUAAGAUGGUUGAUCAGCAAGAAGAUGCAUGCAUAGUUCAGAGUCCUGAACAAAUGCCAAAAUCAUCUUCAAAUAAGGUUUUUAGAGGGCAAAAUCAAACACAGGAAAUAGAAACUAAUAAUCAAGCAUGCAAAAUCGUAAGACCACCACCAUCCUUUACAUUACCUUUUCCGCCAGAGAUUAAUGCAGAGGAUUUGAUUAACAGCAAAACACGUAAAUUACCUUCUAAACCUCCUAAUGCAUUUUUUAUAUAUCGAAAAGUUUAUACAAAAGAAUUAAUCGCAAGAGAUUUUCGAUAUAAAAUGACUGAUGUAUCACCAUGGGUAUCUAGUUCAUGGAAAAAUGAAUCAGAUAAAGUACGGGAAAAAUAUAAAGAAAUUGCAAAAGGCGUGCGUCAACUUUACAAACAAAGCAAAUUAGAGAAUACGGAAGAACGCAUGGUUGAAAAUAAGACACAAAUUCAUGAUCCACAACCUUCACCGUUACCUUCCACGCCUUUUACAAUACCCAAUCCUGAGUCACCACAAGAAACACCAUUUAAUCAAUUGAAUAAUCGAUUUAAUGAUCAAUUGAAUAAUCGAUUUAAUGAUCAAUUGAAUAAUCGAUUGAAUGAUCAAUUGAAUAAUCGAUUGAACGAUCAACUGAAUAAUCGAUUGAAUGAUCAAUUGAAUAAUCGAUUGAAUGAUCAAUUGAAUAAUCGAUUGAAUGAUCAAUUGAAUCAAGAACAAACAUGCAUUCAAAAUUAUCGACAAAUAGAAUUUUCACCGAUUUCUGAAACUAGCGAAUUGGAUCAUAAUAUUAAUAUUAAUAUUAAUAGUCAAGCAUUACAAAUGACCAACAUCAUUGAUGGAUUGGAAAUUGAACCAUAUAAUGAAUAUUUUGGAAUUACGUUCCAACCACCAUACACACCAUAUUAUAAUGGACAAAUUACUACGGAACCUUAUGGAUUGGAUCUUUUCCUUGAAAAUUCCCAUGUUGAAUGGGAUCUUGGAGAGAACGAAUUUCCAUCUUAUUAA